AUGGAGCGCAGGGUUCGGAGCCCGUCCCGGGAGGCCCGUGGACGGCCCGGCGGGUCCCCGCACCGCGAACACCGCGAACACCGGAGGCCCCAGGCCGAGCGCGGCCGCAGGGAGCGUGGCCGCCGUGAAGCUGGGCAGAAGCGGCCGGGCUCGGACUCGGGGCUCACGGCGAGCCCGCGGGAGCCCCCCGCGGCUGCCGCCACCGUGGUGGAUGUGGACGAGGUCCGGGGCUCGGCGGAGGACGAAGGCACCGAGGCGGCAGCGCUGCUGGAGAGUGAGCGACAGGAGGAAGGCACCAAGCCCUCUGGCCUAGGGCUCUGCGAGUGGCUUCUGGUUCUGGCAGCUCUGCUGUGUAUUGUCCUCACCUUCCCCUUUUCCAUCUGGUUCUGCAUGAAGGUUGCGCAGGAGUAUGAAAGAGUAAUUAUAUUCCGGCUGGGACAUCUUCUUCCAGGGAGAGCCAAAGGCCCAGGCCUUUUCUUCUUCUUGCCCUGUCUGGACACUUGCCACACGGUAGACCUUCGGCUCCAGACCUUGCAGAUCCCUUUCCAUGAGGUGGUGACCAAAGACCUGCUGAUCAUGGAAGUGGAUGCCGUCUGCUACUACCGGAUGGAGAACGCCUCCGCACUGCUCCGAGGGUUGGCCCAUGUCCCCAGGGCAGUCCAGUUCCUGGCACAGACCACCAUGAAGCGCCUCUUGGCCCAUCGGACUCUUGCUGAGAUUCUGCUGGAGCGGAAGAGCAUCGCCCAGGAAGUGAAGGUUGCCUUGGACUCGGUGGCUUGUACCUGGGGGAUCAAAGUGGAGAGAGCCGAAAUUAAGGACGUGCGGCUGCCUGCUGGCCUCCAGCACUCGCUGGCUGUGGAAGCAGAAGCGCAAAGACAGGCCAAAGUGCGGGUCAUCGCGGCCGAAGGGGAGAAAGUAGCCUCCGAGUCCCUGCGUUUGGCAGCUGAGACCCUGGCCAGCUCCCCGGCGGCCGUGCAGCUGCGCUGUCUGCAGGCCCUGCAGGCUCUCUCUGCGCAGGCUCCAGCCACGCUGGUGCUGCCUCUGCCCCUGGACCUGCGCAGCAGCCUCGCGGCGCCCGGAAACAGACCAACGGGCCCCGACAGCCUCCCCUUCCCCAGUCCCUCCACACCCCUCAUCGGGCCCCUGAAAGCCAGGAGGAAGGACUCCCCAAUGCUCUAG